AUGGCUAAUAAUAGUGCAGAGCAAGCUCAGCAAGUUCUAGAGACUCAGCAGCCCCAGCAGCCUGCCAAUCUGCCUGCGCCUGCCCCUCAGCAGCCACACCAGCAGCCUGCCAAUGUGUGGACGCCUGAACAUAGGCUACAGCUGCUGGUAGAACAGAUCAUCAAGAACAGUAGUGAGAUCAUUGCACAGCUGUGA